AUGAAUAUUGCUUCUUCCCCCAGCCUAUCAAUGAUUCAGUCAGGUUCUUCUGAGAAUGAACAAGACAUGUCUGCACGACAAACACGCAUUACAGAACCAGUAGUAGCAAAGCGGCUACAUUUUUAUAAAAGUGGUGAUCCCCAGUUUAGUGGACUCAAGAUGGUGAUCAGCAAUCGUUCCUUUAAGACCUUUGAUGCACUUCUAGACAACUUAUCUAAAAAAGUCCCUCUUCCUUUUGGAGUAAGAAACAUCAGCACUCCAAGGGGAAUUCACAGCAUCACCAAGCUAGAUGACCUUGAGGAUGGCAAGUCUUACAUAUGCUCACAAAAAAAGAAAGUAAAGCCAAUAAAUCUUGAACAAGCAAGUAAGAAGCCCAUUCCAUGGUAUAGCAGCAGGCCUAUGAGUGCGAGACGUCGGGUAGCUCAAUUGGCCCGGCAGAACAAAAUUGGCGCACUGCAACAAUACACUAAUGUGGCUAUCAAAUCUCCAAGAAAACUGGUAGUUUUCAAAAAUGGUGACCCUGCAAUCAAGCAUAUUAUAAUACUGAAUAAAAAAACUGCCCAUUCCUUUGAUGCCUUACUGGAUUACAUAACAGAAGUAAUGCAGUUCCCAGUUACAAAAUUGUAUACACAGGAUGGAAGAAGGGUUGAUGGCAUGCAAGCGCUCAUCCUUUGCUCUGGAGUUGUAGUGGCAGCUAGCAGAGAGCCCUUCAAAAAUGCAAAUUAUGAUUUUCUUGGACCUACCUUGCCAGCCAAACUUCCAGGGAUCUCUAAUCGUGUUUAUCCAAAACCAAGCAGAAAAGAAAGCAAAAAUCGUAUUAUAUGGAAGGUGUCUGUUGUUACAAGUGAUAGCCCCUCUGCCAGCACCACUGCACAUGUGUACAUCAUACUGUAUGGUAAUCUUGGAAAUUCGGGGUAUUUCUUUCUCUACAGCAGUGAUGAUGGUGCAUUUCACAGCAACCAUGAAGACACUUUCACUAUUAGUACAGCAAACAUAGGAGAACUUUACAAAAUACGGAUUGGGCAUGACAACUCAGGGGAAUCUCCAAGCUGGCACUGCAAAGAGAUUUGGCUACAAAACUUUUUCUCUGGAGAAGAGUUUCAUUUUUCUGUCUGUAAGUGGCUUUCUCAGGACAAAGACAGCACAGAAUUAUGCUGUGAGCUUCCUGUAUCAAGGCACGGACUGCAAAGUUUACCAGCGACUGUUUAUGAAGUUAUUGUAGUGACUGGAGAUCUCUGGAAUGCCGGAACUGAAGCAACCAUUUACAUUUCUAUUUAUGGUGAAAAAGGAGACACUGGAUCCAGAAUGCUUUUCCGAUCAAGAAAUUCUAAAAAGUUCCUUAAAGGACAGACCGACCUUUUUUUCCUUGAGGCUGUGUACCUUGGUUACUUAUACAAGGUUGUUGUGGGACAUGAUGGUCUUGGAGCAGGAAAUGGAUGGUACCUCGACAAGAUUGUCAUAAAGGAUCCUACAAAUGAGAUGGAAUAUACUUUCUUUUGUCACAGAUGGCUAGAUCAAGGACAAGAAGACAAGAAAAUUGUGAGGGAGCUAUACCUUGCAGACAGUUUUCCAUUUCCUGAAAGUCAAGAACUUGAACACAAAAGAAAAGAAACCUGGAAUGCUGACAAAUGGAAGUUCCAGGAGAAGAAUAUUCUCCAGCUGUAUUGUAAUCUCACUGAAAAGUUCAUACGUCUUUAUCCAGAUGGUACUGUUGAUGCUUUGGGUGAUAAGAAAGACAAAUACAGUGUUUUUGAAGUUGUGACCAGAAGAGGACAUAUUAGAGUGUUUAACAGUCUGGCUUGUGAACGUCUUGCUCUUGCUGUCAAUAAUGGGUGCAUAGUUGGCCAGGACAACAGAUCAAUUACUUGUGAAAUGAGACUCCACCCUCAACCAAAUCAUUGUAUAAUUCUUGAAUCAGUCUGGUCUCCUGGACAGUUCUCUUCUUUUAGUGAUAAGGGAAUUGCUACUGAUGCUACAAAUGAAUGUUCAGAACUUGCAAAAGAAUUCACUGUUCAUGUUAAGGGAGUAUUCCAUGACAAAGGAGUUAUUUUGUUAUGCACAAGUCUAUAUCAGGCCCUGAGUAUAAGUUCUAGUGGAAGUUGCUGUGGGACAGAGGAAAAAUCCGAGGAGGCCUACCUGAGAGUUCACAAAGUCAGCACCGCAGUAUACAUGUUUGAGAGUGUGCAGUACCCAAAGAUGUUUCUCAGGAUGGAAGGAGAACACUGCGAUGGAAAAGUAAGUUCUUCAUAA